AUGUCUAGUGGAAUUUAUCUAUCCGACCAGCCCGCCAGAAGGGCACAAGCUCCUAGCAACCCAUUGAUAAGAAAGAUUCAAAGGGCAUGUAGAAUGUCGCUACCUGAGCCAGAUUUGGCUUUGAAUUUGGAUGUCGCAGAUUAUAUCAACGACAAGCAAGGUGCUGCCCCCAGAGAUGCUGCCAUUACUAUCGUUAAAUUAAUUAAUAACAGGGACACACAUACCGCUAUAUUCGCGUUAUCGUUGUUAGAUGUCUUGGUGAAGAACUGUGGUUACCCAUUCCAUUUGCAAAUAUCUAGAAAGGAAUUCUUGAACGAAUUGGUCAAGAGGUUCCCGGAACAUCCACCAAUGAGAUACUCUAAAGUUCAUAGAUUAAUUUUGACCGCUAUUGAAGAGUGGUACCAGACCAUUUGCAAGCAUUCGAGUUAUAAAGAUGAUCUAGGUUACAUUAGAGAUAUGAGAAGAUUAUUGAAAUAUAAGGGUUAUGCCUUCCCAAAGAUCCAUGAGGAAAACUUGGCUGUGAUGAGAGAAACUGAAACAUUGAAAACUCAAAGUGAAAUUCAAAAGGAGCAGGAAAUUGCACAAGCUGCCAAAUUGGAAGAAUUAAUUAGACGUGGUAAACCAGAUGACUUAAGAGAGGCCAACAAAUUAAUGAAAGUUAUGGCAGGUUUUAAAGAAGAUAAUGCAAAGCAGGCCAGAAAAAAAAUUGUUACAGAAUUAAACAAAUUGAAACGUAAGGCCGAUUUGUUGAAUGAAAUGUUAUCCAGCUCUAACAAUCCUGACAUACAAAACGAAACUGUCGAAGAAUUAUAUGGUGCCUUGAAGGGUGCGCAACCUAAAUUUCAAAAGAUAAUCGAGGAGGAACAUGAGGACGAUUCUCUGGUACAGGAUUUGUUGAAGUUCAAUGAUACUGUGAAUCAAACUUUGGAAAAAUAUAAUCUAUUAAAGAUUGGAAAUUCAAGUGCUGCAUCUCAAAUUCAUCCGGAUGCUAUGUCCAAUGCACCAACAUCUAAUGGGGGUGCAUUAGCACAUGAAAUCAACCUUUUAGAUUUUGAUGACGAUGUUCCAGCGGCUCCUGCAACAACAUCUUCACCCACUCCAGGUAUCACACAUGCAAACAAUAACGGACCGAUGGACGAUUUACUUGGUGACUUAAAUGAUUUGGCAAUUACUUCCCCAGCACCUUCCCAAAAUUUUGGACUUGGUGGUAGUAUCUCGUUAGGUGGUAUGGGACAACCAACCACUAGCGUCAGUACUGGCGAUAACACAAUGGAUCUAUUGGGUGGUAUUAGUGCUACACCAUCUUCUACUACACAGACAAACAAUUCAUUUGAUUUACUAGGGACCUUCUCUAAUUCCGGAGAGUCAAAAUCAGAAAGUGAAAGAGUACUUGUGAACAAAUCUAACGCUUUGAAGAUUGAAUUUGAAUUAACAAGAGAAUCUGACUCUACAAUCAAGUUGAAAUCUUUUAUUUCUAACUUGACUAUGGACUCUAUAACAAAUUUAACUUUUGCAAUUGCCAUUCCAAAAUCUAUGACUUUAAGGUUGGAACCGCAAUCAAAGGAUUCUCUUGGCAGCCUGGAAGUUGAUGGUAUAACUCAAGAGGCGUGGGUAGAUAAUGCAUUGGCCUCAGCUACCAAACCGCUGAAAGUGAAAUGGAAGGUUCAAUACAAUGUGAAUGGUAAUGAUACUCAAGAGACUGCAGUGUUUGCAUUGCCAAAAGUUUAA